AUGGUGUUUCCUUCUGAUUUGCAAGCAGGUGUGCAUGGUAUGGCCAGUUCAAUCAGUGCACGCACCAGCGCACGGCAUACUCUGUCGGUUUCUCCAUUAUCUUCAGUUCGAUCAGCACAGACUUCACAGUUAGCGAUAAGAGCUGCAAACCCACACUUCCCUUGUGCCAAACUCUCUCAAGCUCGUGCCGUGGUGGCAGCACCAAUGAAGGUCUCCAAGCACCCUUCCUCUUCUUGUUUAGCCAACCGCCAGCCUUCGAAAGAGGUUCUUGAGACAUGGCGCAGUGCCGAUGCGGUGUGCUUCGAUGUGGAUAGCACUGUAUGCUUGGAUGAGGGUAUUGAUGAGCUUGCUGAUUUCUGUGGGGCUGGGCAGGCAGUAGCUGAGUGGACGACAAAGGCAAUGACAGGGACCGUUCCAUUUGAAGAGGCUCUUGCUGCCCGGAUUUCGUUAAUCAAGCCAUCUCUGUCCCAAGUUCAGGACUGUUUGGAGAAGAGGCCGCCCAGGAUUUCUCCUGGAAUCGCUGAUUUGAUUAAAACGUUAAUAGCUAAUAAUACUGAAGUGUUCCUUGUGUCAGGAGGUUUCAGACAAAUGAUUGAGCCUGUGGCAUUUGAGCUUGGCAUUCCUACUGAAAACAUCAUAGCGAACAGACUGCUAUUUGGUACAUCCGGAGAGUAUGCUGGAUUUGAUACCACAGAACCCACUUCUCGAAGUGGGGGUAAAGCAGUAGCAGUGCAACAAAUAAGACAGGAUCGUGGUUACAAGACGCUGGUUAUGAUUGGAGAUGGUGCAACUGAUCUUGAGGCUCGGCAGCCUGGUGGAGCAGACUUGUUCAUCUGUUACGCUGGUGUCCAGAUGAGAGAAGCAGUUGCAGCCAAAGCUGACUGGACCGUCUUUGAAUUUCAAGAGCUAAUUUCUGAAUUGCCGCAGUUAAAUACCUCACAGUGA